CUAAUGUAAAGUUCGAAAAUUCGAACAUGUUUUGCUGUGGCAUGGCUUUAUUAUUGUAUUAAUUGUUUGAAUUUGUUUAUUGGUUGAUAUCAACAAAAUUAUCAUGGGUAAAUAUACAUUGGAACAGCGUGAAAAAAUCGUUGAAAUCUAUCAAGAACAUAAAUCAUUUGCUAAAACACGAGAAAUAUGUCGACAAUUAUUUGGCGAUGAAAUGGUUCCGAAUUAUAUAACUAUUAAACGUUAUUUGGAAAAAAUUGAACAAUUUGGCGAUCUUAAGGAUCAACCUCAAUGGAUUUGGGUUAGAUGUAAUGGCCGUUAUAAACAAAAAAGAUAUAAACCUAAGAAAAAGAAAAUUGUCAAAUCAAAAGGUCAAAAAUCUCGAAAAACUGGGAAAUAACCGAAUUCGUUAAUUUAACCAAGAAUUUCAUUAAUUCGCAAUAUAAUCAAAGCAAUUUUUUUUGUUGAAAUUUUGAAUCUCUUUUUUCUUUGUUCAAUUAAUUUACGCUAAAUAGAGAUGUUAUAAAUUAAUAAAAUUCUUUUAUAAACAUCAUCUGAAA